UUCAGCUAUAUGGGAACCUACACCCUGAUGAUGCACCAGCACAUACACAUGCGAGGCAUCCUAAACAAAUGCUUCUUCUUGUUCGACAGCAUCUUCCCGUACAUCACGGAUCCGCUCAUGGGCCAUACGUGGAAUACCUAUUACUAUCACCAGAAACUGGGGCCCAACACGCCUUUGUCGACGACGAAGAACCCGAUUCCGAUUAUCGGUCCAGCAUUACCUUGAUAGACGUUGCGAGUAAUCGCCACUGCUUCAAUGAUGGCUGCCACACCUCGCACCACCUCAACCCGCUCCGGCACUGGCGUGAACACCCCGUGUCGUUCAUGAAGACGAAGGAGCUGUAUGCUUCACAGCACGCACUAGUGUUUCAUAACAUCGACUACAUUAUGAUCACUGUCCGGCUUCUGAUGAAGGACUACCAAACCUUGGCUAAAUGCAUGGUGCCCAUCGGUAGUCAGGUCUCAAUGACUCUGGAAGAGCGGGCUGCCCUUCUUCGGAGACAUACGCGAAGGUUCACGGAGGAGGAAAUCUGCAAGAAGUUCAUGGGGGCAUGAUGCUGAGGCUCAGGAGCCCGGGGUAGGGAAGGAAGGAAGGAAAGAGAAAGUCAAUAGUGGAAGCUAGCUUAUGCUUCUUAACCCUUUGAUAGACCAGAAAUGGCAUUCCUAACUGCUAAAUACAGUCGCAAGACUA